GCUGAGAGAAGGGUUUUCAGAUUUUUAUAGCUUUUAGUUCCUUCAAACCACCACAUUCACAUUCACAUGUAGAUUAAACAUUCCCUUGGUUCUGUUUUUUCGGUUAAAAUGAGUUAUCCACUGGUGAUUCUGCUGUGUGUGGGACUACUGCACCAAACCUCGAGCAUUGUCCGCAUGGAUAAACUAGCAGACAACAAGAUAUGUGGAGAUGCCGAAUGCUCAUACGUUCUCUCAAUGGCCACAGCCUUGGAUGACUUUAGUGCUCCUGACUGCAGAUUCAUCAACAUUAAGAAGGGUCAGAUGGUUUAUGUGUAUUCUAAACUGGUACCAGAGGAGGGCGCCGGAGUCUUUUGGUCUGGAAGUGUUUAUAGUGAGCGGUAUGUGGACCAGAUGGGCAUCGUUGGAUACUUCCCUGCAACUGUGGUGAAGGAGAUGCAGAAGUUUAAGGAAGACACAGUCAAGAUUCCCACAACUGAAAUGGACUUCUACUGUGAUUAAGGCACAAAACAUUGGAGCCUCUUCUUCCCUUCUUCUUGUGCUUGUUUUUGUAAUCCAGGCUAUUAUGCAGAAAAGUGCAGAUUUCCUCCCUGAAGCAGGUGUGUCAGGUCAUGUAACAAUCUGACACGCCUGCUGUUGAGUCAUCUAGUCGUAUCUGUCUUGGUCUGUCUCUCAUUCAGUAACAGACACUUUGCUCAAUAAACCUCUUGCAAUGCAAAAAUGCUGAUUAUUUGAAAAGAUAAGAAUUAGUUUUUAUUGCAACUUUGCUUUUUGAUGCAUUUUUAAACUUGCUUUGAAAGGUUGAAAAGACCCACUCAUGUUGUACAGUAUUAUGAAAUUCAAUUUGUAAUGCUAGUGUAGCUUUUUAUUGCAGUGUCAAGGCCUAUUGACGCUGUUAUCAAAGACAAAGAGUUUUUUUUUAAACUAUCUACAUUUCACACAGUACGUUAGGAUUAAUGGUUAGGCUGCAGGGAAAUAGAACAGCUGCUUAUCUUCUCUUUUUCAGAAUAAUUGUAAUUUUUAAGAGAAAUAAUAACAAAAUGACACCUUUGUUUAUGAAAGCCAUUCAUUAUCUACUAUACCUAAUUAGUCAUGUUAUCUAUUUUUAAUAAACAUGAUAUUCAUUUUUUUGUAGACAAUUAAUGUUCUCCAAUCCCAUCUCUUACACACACACUCAAAACAAAAAAAAACAAAUGAAUGAACUGAUUGUACAUUUCAACCCAAGCUAACUGAUAUGUAUUGAGGGAUGCAAGAAAGAAGAUAUGUGUUGCAUCAGUAAAGGUGAAUUGCUGAGUUAUGGGGUUAUCGGUUGCAACAGCAAUGAGAUGGAAAUGUAAUGAGAUGAGAUGUAAUUUUGAAAAAUGAAGUGUAGCAAAUCUAUUAUCUACAGCAGCACUUGUAAGACGCGGAAAAAAUAGAGAAACGAGAAGUGACGGAGAAAGACAGUUACUCGUUUUAUGUGGGCACUUUAUACGUUAGGAGGGUUGAAAGUGACAAACCUGGAAAUGGCAAUAUCUUUUUUAGGGACUGCACGAAAAAACUUUUUUCACCCAGACUCAGUCAUUGCUUCACCCUCUCCAACUGUUUCUCUGUCAGUUCAGUUUAUUGGCAUGGCCAAUCCUUAAAUAUUCAUUAAACCACAAUUACAGCAGUCUACAAAACAACUGAUUAAUUGUCUUCAGUGUUGGUUUUAUUAAGUGUAUAUGAGACCGCAGUUAAUUGAAUGAUUGAGAUAGGGACAGCAAUCAUUUAAGGUUUUUUGUUUUGUUUUUUUGGACACGUGUACUUGCAGUUUUGGUUGAUAUGAUUUAGCCUCUUUGGAGCUCUGUGUUAUGAUCCAUGUUGAAUUGAAAUAUAUCAACGUGAACCAUAGCAACAGAGGCUGCUUACAGCCUAGCAUAAUGUGACCUUUGCAG